AUGCGUCUAUCCACCAUUCCUUACUCAACGGCCCUCGGCAUCCUUCAGUUGAGUGGCAUCGUUCAAUGCUUGAGCGUACCACCAAGGGAGACCGCAGGCUCCAUGCUGAGUUCUCUAACUCCUCCAUCGGCAUCAAAUGACUCCGUUUUGACCCUUGGCUUCCAUUGGGAAGUAAUAGUUACAUGCGCGCCCGAUGGUUAUCCCGUCGAGAAGAGGAGAAUCGCCGAGGGAAUCGCCGAGGUACUCGAUUAUCUGAAGAACAAAAUAACGGGCUACCCUAUUCUGGGUGCCAUGUCCAGCGGAAGGUAUGAUCGCAAACUAUGGCUUAACAGUUAUGGCGACAUUGCGAAUGGAGCACAGAAAAUCUUGGAUAAGUGCAGCCCCGGUGACAAGUACGUCUCGGGCGAAGCGUGGUUUUACGAAGUCAAUCCGACUCAGGAGGGCGGGUGGGUCGUCAUGGUUGAGUACACUCGUUGUUAG